UGCUGGAUUCUCUUUAUCAGUGCAAUCAUCAUCCACUUAUUGCAUCUCCACUUUCCGUCAAAAUGUCGACUUGCAUUGCUAUCAAAAGCUCUAUCUUUCUAGCCAAGGUUGUCUUUGAGGUCUCUUGUCGUCGCGCAACAGUGUCUGGUUUCACCGCAAUCAUAAUUCUUUGUGAUCGCGUAGAUCAAAUUCGAUUGGUAUCUCUGUCCGCGUGACUGCCAGCGCACGUAACACUCAGCGUGAGCCAGAUAGACGAGAUGUCUUGCGCGGAAUUUGGCAAAAAUAUCGUCGUUUUGUCGGAAGAGGCGAAGAUGACUAUCAGGCAACAGAGCAGAUGAUUAUUCAGCUACCAUUAUAGAAAUUUCACAAGCCUGCUUGUAAGAAGAUAUUUUCAAUACGCGACCUCAAGGUUGCUCAAGACGCAAUCGAACAAAGCGUUUGUCAUCUAUUAACGAUCCGUUGAAUAAGUAACGUGUGGUAGGAACGCGUAAUGUCGCGCCGGCUUGAACAUCUCCGUCCACCGAAAUGCUCGGCCAUAUCGACACGCACGAAAUACUGCCCUCCCCGAACGAAACCACCACCGCCUUUCAGGUCGUCAUGCUGACAAGUGGCGGUCCUUACCGGUCGAAAUUCAACGGCGUCGCCGCCGCGUUAUAUGACCAUAAACUUUUGAUGCUGUAUAUUUCUCGGCUUCGCAUACAAUCUGUAUCCAUGUACAAUACUCUUAGGCAACAUAUAACCGCGACCUUGUGUUUUACAUACCAUGACGUACUAAGGACAUAUGUGUUGUCGAAAGUCGGCCGACAUUGCCCACAUAUGAUUUGAAUAAACGGAUUUCUUGGAUUUAAGAAAUUCGGGUCGAGGAGGAGAAGGGAUGAAGUUCACUCUCGAUGAUUGUUUUUGAACGUGGUUGCCCGCUCGAAAAGAUAGCGAACACUUGCUGCUUGAGCUUUUGCCAAUGAGAUGGUAUGGAAAGUCGUUUGUACCGCUACUAAGUUAUACUUUCAAACUAUAACUUCAUGAUCUACGAUUACAAUGACAUGAACCUGAGUUUGAUUUAAAGAUUUAGUUGUGACAGUUUUGAAGUCAAAUUGCGUAUAAAGCGUGACUAGCAGCGAGAGGCUUAAGUCAAUGGCAGCGGAAAAGCUAUACUAUGGUUAUCUUUCGACACGAAGACUCAAAUGAAACAAUCAAUUUUUGUAUCAGGCGUGAUCUACUUUUCAUCGUUUCGAAGCCAACUGCACGUAAAACAAAAGUUAAUAGCUAACGAGGUAUGAAAAUCAACGAUACGACGUAGUCAAAAGCACUCGGAUACACAAGCUUGGUAAAG